AUGGGUACCGGUACCAAUACAGUCACGUUGAGGAAGCAGCAAACGGCCAUUGUCUGCGCUACACCUCCAAAGGAGUCGGGUCGUAAUCUUCGCAAGGGAGUUUGGCAGCUGGCUCGGCUGCACACAAAGGAAGCAUGGCUGUGCUGGUACCCAGCUGUAUGGGGAUUAUGUCUUUCAGCUGGCACGCAAGACAUUCGCCUUGAUAUUUUACAGAUGGCGAAGAUACUAUUUGGUAUCUGGAGCAGCGUCACAGUGACCCACUGCGCCUUUUGCACAUGGGACCAAUGCGAGGCCUCGCUGACAGCUGUUCCUAGUGAUAUCUGCGACGUCGAAUUUGAUAAGCAGGUAGAGCGUUGCAAAGUACGUCCGCUACCAGCUGGUAUGCUGACCGUUGGGGAAGCCUACGCUGCAUUGCUGGCGUGGCUACCGAUCGUGUUCGGUGUGACAUACCUUACCCUUGGAGAGGCCGGUGUGUGUACAUUUGCCCCUGUGUGGAUUCUCAGUACCAUAUAUCCAUUCAUGAAGCGGGUGACCUCUUUCCCGCAGAUUGUGCUUGGUGCCAUUAUUGGGGCGGCUGUGUUUCCGGGUUGGGCCUCCGUCACCGGCGAUCUGACCACGCUCAGCCAAGGACUACCGCUGUUCUUUGCUACGGCAAGCUGGGUUGUGUACUUUGAUCUCUUCUACGCUGAACAGGAUCGUCCCGACGACAUCAAAGCCGGUGUCAAGUCACUUGCAGUCUUACUCGGAGAUCACGUCCACUUCUUUCUAGCUUUCUUGGGCAUUCUGCAAAUUGCUUUCUUUACUAUGACUGGACUGAGGGCUCAGAUGUCGCCCGUCUUUUGGAUUCUCGGCUUGGGUGUGUGGACCGCCAAUGUGAUUUGGCACGUAGCCUCAUUGGAUCUCAACAACCGCAAAUCCGGCGGCAAGAUCUUCAAGGCAAACAUCAUGUUGGGGCUGUACAUGACAGUAAUUUCUGUGCUGGAGCUAGCGCUCUCGAGGCUCUCUUUGUCGGACCUGGGGCACAUUGGCCAGUCCUUGACUGGCAUGCAUGUGUCGUGA